CUACCCUAUACUUUUACUGUAGUAUUCUUACUUGAGUACCCGAAGCUCUAUAUGGAUCGAAGACUUCAACAGGCUGCUGAAUCAGGUAGCAUCAGUGACCUUUAUGCUUUGAUCGAUGAGAAUCCGUGCAUACUGGAGAACAUCGACGCCAUGCCAUUCGUGAACACUCCCCUUCACAUAGCUGCAGCUUGUGGGAAAAUAGCGUUUUCCGUAGAGAUGCUGAAUCUCAAGCCGUCUUUUGCCAAAAAACUGAAUACAAACGGGUGCAGUCCGUUGCACCUUGCUGUGGAGAAGGAUCAGCAAGAGCUCGUCACCUGGCUGCUCAGGAUUGAUCCCAGCCUUGCUGGUGUUAAAGGCAGAGAAGGCAUCACGCUGUUCCAUCUCCUAGUGUUAAGAGGGAACGUAGAUCUUGUGGUGGAGUGCCUCGUAACUUCUCCUGAAUGUAUUCGAGAUGUGAGCGUGACUGGCCAAAAUGCUUUGCAUCUUGCUGUGAUGAAUGAAAGAUUUGAAGUUCUGCAGGUUCUCACCGGAUGGAUCCAGAGAAUGAGUCAGAGAAAUGCUCGAUCUAUCGAAUAUUCUGUUCUGAAUAAGAUGGAUUUAAACGGCAACACGCCUUUGCACCUUGCAGCAUAUAAGAAUGAUCAUCAGAUGAUGAAACUUUUACUAGAAUGUCGAAUGGUUCAACGGAACGAAGUAAAUGGUGAUGGUUUAACAUUCCUUGAUAUCUUAAGAACACAUGGACAAAUUGAUGAAGGUGGAGAAUUAGAACAAGCUGCUCUAAAAACCGGGUGCAUGGAAGCAGCUUCUCUGCCAAAACUGAUGAAAAAAACGUACGACUUCUUCAAAUUACCAAUCACGUUUUGGGCUUACUGCUCCACGCAUACAAGACGCAUAAGUUCGGACACAUCAGACGAAGCUCGUGGAGUCUUCUUAAUUAUAUGCACUUUGCUAAUCACAGCCACUUACCAGACCUCCCUCCAGCCUCCAGGAGGUGUAACCCAAUCAGAGGGUCAUGCGGUGAUGAAACAGACAUUCUUCAUCGUGCUGUGGCUUUCCAAUACCAUAGGCUUCUGCUGCGCUUUAUUCUACACCUAUUCUCUCUUACCAGCUAGAGGUUUGUUGACACUGUGGUUUUUCUAUAUAGGAGCGUCUCUGUGUGUUUCUUACGCAUUAGCAAUGGCUGUAAUUUCACCGCAGCCUUUAGUGUUUCUUACCGCGUGCUUUGCCUUGUACCUGCUUUUUCCUCUAUAUGUUUUGAUGGAAGUUUUCCUAAGGCAAUGGCGGAGGCAUCAGACGGUAGCACCUGAUCCCAAAUUGAGCUGGUUUUGGAAAGUUUGAUACAACAUGUGUGUCGCUUUUACAACAGACUAUGACAUAUAUUAGUUUUUAAGUUUAAUUAUAAAAUUAUUGUGAUGAAUUAUUAUAAUUAGAUGUACAAAACAAAAGAAAUAAGACAAAUUUAUAGAUUUAUAAUAACAUUAUUGAUUAAUUUAAAAGCAGAAACUAACCUAGAUCGAUUUAACCAAUUUAGAACAGUUUCAAUCAAUUUGAAUUGUAUGAAUUGGUUUUAAGAAAAUCGUUUCUGGCAAGACCGUCUAUACCAAAUUUUAGAACUUUGGUUUUAAAUAUAGAAAAAGAAAAGAAAAACAUGCCUGGCGAUCAUGUUGUAGUCAAUAUCCACAUUAUUCAAAACACGACUCUCAAUGGAGUCAGCGUCUCUUUGGCUCAUUCUCUGGAUCCAUCCUGUGAGGACUUGGAGAACGUCAAACCUAUCAUGCAUCACAGCAAGAUGCAGAGCAUUCUGGCGAUCUACGCUCUCAUCUUGGAUACACUCAGGGGAUUUACGAAGGCUCCUUGCCACAAGGUCUGCGUUUCCUUUUAGCGCUAGUAAAUGAAACGGCGUGAUGCUGUUUCUCCCUUUAACGCGGGCAAGACCGCCGUCAAGCCAGAUCAUCCUGCAAACAAAGUCAUCUUGAUCCAUGUUGACAGCGAGUUGCAACGGACUAAUACCCUUUUGUGUUGAGCUUUCUGGCAAAAGAGGGCUUGAAAUUCAGCAUCUCCUUGGCAAAUGGUAAGUUCCCAGAAGCUGCAGCUACGUGGAGGGGAGUGGUCACAAUGGUACUGCAUCAAUGUUCUCAAGUAUGUAUGGAUUCUCAUCAAUAAGAUCAUACAGCUCAUCGAUGCUUCCAGAUUCAGCUGCUUGUUGAAGUCUUGGAUCCAUUGGAAAAACAAGUUUUAAGGUUUAUUAUGGAGCUAACUCUACAAGUUUGAUGAAGUUAAAGUGAUUAUAAAGGCAAAAGAACCAGUGAGUAAGUGAGAUGACUAAACGAAGAGAGUGACUUUUCACAUGUAACUAUGUAAGUAAGAGAAAUAAUAAAGAAAGACCUUUUGACACAUGAAGUUCACACUAGCUUUAAAAAAAAAACUAAUAUCUUUGCUUAUCCACACAUAAUCAUCCUAUCCAUUCAAGCAAAGCGAUUUACCUAUGGGUUUCUUAAUCAUUCGAAUAUUUUAUAGUCUUAAGCCGCUGCAAGCUUGUCAAGACACCAGUGUUAAGUCUGAGGCCUGAGCCCCGAUCAAGUUGGUUUUAACGUUACCGUUAGCAUAAUAUAUGGCUUAUAUUUUGAGAAUGCAAAUGCUGUAACCCCUUCUUAAAGAUACUAGAUCUUUUCUCCGCGCUACGCGCGGAUUAGAUACAAUAAUUUUCACCAUUUUAAUUUAUAUUAUAUUUGAAAAUAGUUUUACAUAAUAUUUGAUCAGAAAUACUCUAGUAUCUCUAACAUAAUAAUAAAGUAGUUUGGGAUAUUUUUAAUUGUGAUUUCUUUAACAUGGUGAUCACUGUGUUUCGUACAUUAAUUUAGUUUUGCAUAUUUUUCCUGGUUCUUCUAAUAAUGUUAAGGGGAAAUUCUAAUUUUACUAUUGAAUUGAUACUAUUUUCAAAUAUCUUUAAAGAAUAAUUUUCCAUAAAUACUUUAAAUUUGUAAUAAAAAACUAAACUAACCCUCAUAAUCAUUUUUAAAUAUGUAAGAAUUAUUUAUGGACUUUUACCCAGUUCCAUCCUUUAAAUAAUAAACCCCAAUUAAAUCUUAAAUUCAAAUGUUAGGAUAGUUUUGAUUAAAUGCAUUUGUGGAAAGUUAUAUCUAAUUUGUGGUAUUAUAAGCAAUUUAUCUUUAAUGUAAUUGGAACUGUUGAAGUAUAAUCGUGUUGUUGGUAUUAAAGCAAACAAUAUAUCUAUUUUUCAAUAAUUUAAAAUACCGUACAUAAUAAUUUAAUAUUUUUGUAUUUAAAUCUGUAUGCUUUAUAAUUAUCUAAAACUUUCACUUCUUCGUCCCCUAUGAUAGUGGAAAUGCAAAAACUGUUUUAGAUGAAAUUGUUGUUUUUUUUAUUUUUUUUAAGUGAAAUUGUUGUUUUUUUUUAACAUAAAAAUUAAAAUUGGGUUGAGAAUCCAGCAAGAUCAUGUUAUUAGAGUGUUUCGUUCAUGCUAAUUCUAAAUAAAAUUUAAUUACUUGACAGUGUAAGAUAGUUAUACUCUUAAUGAUUUAAAAUGAAAUAGGUGUAUAAUAAAAUGAAAAAAUAUAUUUAGAAAAUAUAUUUAAAAUUAUAAUGCAUGUAAAUAUUUCCUAACAAUUCAUUCUUUCUGACUAUCCCUUUGUAGUUUUCAGUUUUAAGUUUUUUCAUAGACGCAUAAACAGAAACCUCAAUUUAGUUUUUUUAUAAAUAAUGUUCACAAAAAUUAGUAGUACUAUUAGCUAUCUUAGAUUAAUGUUAAAAUAUUAAAGAAGAAGGUAGAUUUAAUCAUUAUUAGGCAUUUAGAAGGUUUUUUUGUACAACUAACCAAAUUAGUUGUUUAUGUAUGAAUAAUUUUCUGUAAAUUUUAAACUUAUUAUUAUGAGAUUUUGAGUCUGACUGUAUGGUAUAAUUAGAGUAAAGUGAAAAAUGUGAAAAAUAUUUUCAGUUUCAGCUGAUUUACUCUCAUUCUUCCAUACUCUAAAAAUAAGAAUAAAGUAGAGUAAAAUUGUUCUCACCUUGGAUGAAAUGGAAAAGUUAACGCCAACUGUAUUGUUUUGUUUCAUCCUACUUUCACUUUUCUUUUCCACCGUUUUACUCUAUUGAUUAACCAAUCACAUCCUUUAUAUAUGUUUUGUUACGAACAAAUAAUAUUUACAAUUUAACUAUUUUAAAAAUUAAAAACAUGCGAUUGUUUUGGGUUGACUUUUGUAAGUACUUACGACUGCUUCAUUUUCCUUUUUCUUGAAUACCGUAAGGUUUGAAAUAUAUCUCAUCAGCCACUCAUAAUGGAGACUUCUAACACAAUGGCUAUAAAUCAUUUUCAGUUGAGUUAAAAAUUAUUUUGACACAUCUUUACUGUUCCCUCCGUUUCAGGUGAUUUACUAAUCAUGAUGUUUUUAUAUAUGUUUUUGUUAUUUAACAUCAGACGAUGUUUUCAAGUAUCUAAAUAACUUUACAUUACUAAAAAUGGUGUAACUAAUUAUAUUUUUAUUAUUUAUAUUUUUAAUUGGUGAAACUAUAUCUAAAUUAUAUUUUAAUAUUACUUUCAAAAAUAGUAGUUUUUUUAAUAUAUGUUCACCGAUGUAAAAUAUCAUCUAAUAUUAAACAAAGAGACUAUGUGUUAAAGGUAAAAAAUAUAAUAUACGAACACAGAUCAUUUUAUUUGAGAAAAUUUUGAAAAUAGUUAUUUUGAAUUGAAUUUGGAAGGUUUUGCAAUUUUGGUAACUGACAAAUCAUAACAAUUCAAAAAAAAAAGUGUUGAUAUUUAUUUAUUACAAAUCUAUAUUUAUAUAUUCAUUUAUUUUGUUUGUCUAUUAUUUUAUUUGUAUGUCAAAAAAUUUAUGUUAAGAACAUUGCAUGCAGUGUUAUAAAUGUUUAAUUCUAUAAAUUUAUGUAAGCUUAUAUUCUAAAGUUUUUUUUCUAAAAAACAAUAUGAAAUUGAAUUUCUAAAUAUGAUGUUUGAAAAGUCUUGACGUUAUGCUUUCUGAUUUCAGGAUCCAUGACCUUUUUUCUAAAUAAUGAAAAAAAAGAACAGUACGCAACACUGGUCUGUCCACAUGACUUUUGAACCUUUGACAAAUCGAUAUUAAAAUACAUGUUUAAUAUAAAAUAUUAACAGAAUUUGCCAGUAGAUUUAGAUGGACAUGAGAAAUAUGACUUAUUUGUAAACCAGAACCAAAACCUUAUUAACACCAAACAUGUUAAAAAGAGACGUGCGUCUCAAGAACAGAAACAGACCAUCAAUAUCUGGUACUCCUUAACCUCCCCCACCACUUAAGCUACACCCUCUCCAAAAGUUUAUUCACUUUGCUCAAUAAUCAAAUAUCAUUUUUGUUUCCCUUUGUCUCCUUCCUUGAUUCUUCUUUCAUGUUUCAAACAUCUUUUUCAGCCUCCUUAGCUCCGUUUAGGGAUUCAAGUUACCUUAUACUCUACCAUUGUUUUUUUUUUCUAUCGUUAGAAAAUUUCUUGAAAUUUUAAUUUAUGAUUUUAAAAUUGACAAAUAGUUUUGGUUCAAAAUGUACUCAUGGUUAAAAACAUAUUUAUGAAAUAUAUAUGAUGUAAUUGUUUAAAAUAUUUGGUUUAAUUGUUAAUAAAAGUAAGUUUAUUUUUAUAAUUUGUGAAUUUUGUUCAUGAUUUUAGAAAUUAUCAUUAUUUUAUAUUCCAUUGACAAAAAUAUAUUUUUUGUUCAAAAUGUACCAUUAAAUUAUGGAAUAUAUUCAUAAAAUUGUAUUAAAGUAUUUGGUUUAGAUGUUAAUUAAACAAAAGUUAUGGAAGAUUUUACAAUUGUUUAAAUAAUUGGCUGACCUGUCCGUUUUUACUUCACCUAUUAGAAAUAAUUGUACUCAUUGAUCAAAGUUUCAAACUAAUAUUCAUUUUCUAACAUAUUACACCACAUUCAAAAGAAGUCUCAAACCCACGUUGUACCAACUUAUUUAUCAAAGAUGAUCACAUCACAAGUUUACAACAAUAACAGAGAAGAAAAAAAAACUUGCACUAAAAGUCUUAAAA